AUCGAUUAAAACUAGUGAACUUGCUGAUUAGACGACUGGUGAACCUUGGGCAGUGCAAUCAUGUUCCCGAGAGUUGUGAUUCUUUUUGCAGGUCUCUGGCUUAGCUCUGGAUUAGAGCUCAAACCAACCGAAAAAUACGCACAGCAACACCUGACAGCAAUAGUUCCAUAUGGUAAGCGACUUAAGCUAACGGUGGUCAACGUGUUCCAUCCGGGACUUCGCUGGCGCCACGAUGGAGGUCCGGUAUCAGAGAAAUGCGAAACCACCAUCAACGGAGCCACAAACUCAUUGGUUUGCGCCAACAUGGACUGGUCCGAUGCCGGACUGUACGAGUAUCAAGCCAUUCGACAGGACGGUACAAAAGACGUUCUUCUGUCGGUGAACGUAAAGGUAGCCGAAUGUACCGAACAACUGGCCGAAGCGGCACGAAGACAGCAAGAGAAUAACACGAACGUCGUUAACCUAUCCGUGUCUAAUGAGUUUACCGAAGAACAAAGCGAGACACUGAAGGAUGAGUGCUACUGUUCGGGAAUCACUGAUCAAUGCGUAAAAGCGGACAAUCUCUUCAGAUCAAGGAUAUCAUUCAACGUUACCGAGGCCGAUAUGGUAGACCUCAAGAUAACCGAGGACACGGUCAACGAGUCGUGGCAUGUUGACUCCCCCGAAGAAUCCUGGACCUACUACUCACUACCGAUUUGGAUGCUCGGAAACCUACUUAAAUCCUACGGAGGUUACUUCGAGUUUCCGGCCAACGAUGACGGUAUCGACGAAGAUGGUCCUGAUCUUGUCAUAAAAGGCCGAGUGUACUCCAUGGUCUACCACAAUCGCCGGGAACUCCUUAGCGGGGAAGUUAUUCGUAGCAAAGUUCUCCUUCACGAGCAAAAUUGGAGACUCUUAAACGGCGAUCCGGUCCCAAAGCACGUCUUCAUGAGUGUUUUAUCUAAAGUCCGAGCCUUCUACGUCAAAUGUAACCUGUACAGGCGUUUAGAUCCGCAGGAAAUUGUACUGGAAAGUGCCGAUCUCAAGGACCAAGGUUUGGGAACCGUUUCGACCGUGGAAAGCUGCACCUGCCGUGAAGGCUAUCGGGGACUGUCCUGUGAGGAUUGCGACAAGGGGUACUACCGAAGGCAAGCUGUUGGGUUGCAGGGAAUUUGCGUCUCGAUACAGGAAAAGUGGAACUCCCUAAAGGCAUCGAUUGGGUGGCGACAGAAGCUGGAAAAUUUGCGGCAAAGGAGUAGCUAUUGAAUUUAGGAAGUAACUUUAUAGCAAAGAAUUUCUUCUUGAAAAUUUAAAAUUUGCUUUAAAAUUGAAUGUAAACAAAAAAAAUUAGAUUUGAGAUAAUAAAGCUUGUCUUGAUUAGAAACUAGUUA